GCGUGUGACAAUGUGUCUACACAGUCGAUACGCUUAUCUAUCAGGUGACCAAACAUGUCAGCUAUGUAUUAUUGAAUAUCGAGCAUGAGUUAACCUUUAAUUUAAGAUGUGGUGUUUAAGUUUCACCCUGAUUGUCCACACGCUGGUCAUCGUUCUGGUAGCCGGACAUCAGUUACUGUAUGUGAAGGAGAAGGUGUCACUUGUCCAAACAGCUGUGAAUGAAGGGGAGUCUGUGCUCGUGACAUUAGCCAGUCAGGCAGGACUGGACGGCAUACUGACCAAACCAGGUAACCUCACACUGUUCGGGCCUACUGAUGACGCCUUCUUUGAGCUUCCCAUGGAAAUACGACAAGCUUUGGAGGAUGAUAACCAGACCAGGAUUGCGUUCCUCAAGUACCACAUAGUCAACCAGACUAUACACAAGUCUCAGCUAAAAAACGAGGCUACCUUCAACACUCUCUAUGGACAGCCAAUCCGCAUCAACUUCUACCACAACAAUACAGUGGCGACAGCAUCUGGGCGUCCUAUCGACCUCGGCAGGGUUGAUCUGAAUGCAACAAACGGUGUGUUGAACGUCCUGGAUGGGGUGAUGCUUCCACCAACGGGAACAAUGGCGGACGGAUGUCGCCAGGCGCAGCCUCUCCAAACACUCACCACACUCUUCAUAGAGUCCAGUGUCAUCAAGGAUGUCAGUACACUGGGGCCUCUCACUCUAUUCGCCCCAACCAAUGAAGCCUUCGCCAAACUUCCAAAAGGAGCCAUUGACGGACUUCUGAAGAAUACAACGGCACUCAAAGAGUUGAUGUAUUACCAUGUAGUAUUAAACACCUACUUCAGGGCUGGCAUGGAGACUGGAUCACUGAAAACGCUCAACGGCAACUCAGUCAACCUCACCGUGUCUCUGGAUGGUGUGAAGGUAAACGGUGCUAAUGUGAUAUCUGUUGAUGAGACUGUCUCUAACGGAGUCAUCCACAUGCUUGACACGGUCCUAACACCACCUUAAUGCUGGAUGAUCGAUCGUUUUCCUCGAAGCCCUUGAGUUGAAGUACGGGUGAUAAUGGCCCAUGUCUAUCCUUAACAUUCGUAGAGACAAGGGGAUUUUAAUUUACAGUCAGGUGAAUAUUGUGUAAUGUCCUGAUCUGUUCUAAUGUGCCAAACCAAUAUUAACUAAAAACUGUUUAUGGAUUACAUCGUUAAGAGGGUCGUGUAGAAGUUAUUGGAGUGCUAUAAGUUGAAAGUGCCAUUCCACAUGAGACGUGCAUGACAAUCAAUAAAGGGAGCAUCAUUGGAUAAUAAGGAUCAAAAUAGCAUUAAGAUGAUGGCCACUGAUAUGAUAAACAUAUCAAUGGAUGGUAAAAACAAGACGAUAUUUUGCUUUAUAUUGCGCUACUGAUAGUCAUCGAUACCUCUAAAUAUGUUCAUUAAAAAGAAUUUAUGAAAAUGUUA